GGCUGCGCGUGGCUCAUGCAGGGAACUGUGAGGGUGCCGCGGACCUGGCUACGAGGGAGCGUGGGUAUCUACAUAUGUCCGCGGGCGGCUGCGGAGGAGCGUGUGCUCCCAUGUGCGCGACCGCGGGCUGUACGCGUGGCGGACGCGCGUGUGAUCUGUGCCGCACACUGGUGCUAUGAGAUCCAGGCCAAGGAGCCCAACAGCCACUGCCAGGGACCUGCUGACUGGACUGGGGACUGUAAGAAGACCCACCAGUCCCCCAUCAACAUUGUCACCACGGAGGCCAAGAUGAACCCCGACCUGAAGCCUUUCACUUUCCACGGCUAUGACCAAAAGAAGAAGUGGGUAGUCAAGAACGACGGACACUCAGUGAAAAUGAUGCUGGGAGACGGAAGCUUCAUCGCUGGAGGAGACCUGCCGGCACAGUACCAGGCUGUGCAGCUGCACCUGCACUGGUCACAGGAGUUUGACAAAGGCUCAGAACACAGCAUUGAUGGGAAACACUUUGCCAUGGAGAUGCACGUCGUACAUGAGAAGGCGACAUCGAGCAAUAAGGCGCAGGACUCCCAGGACAAGAACGCAGUGCUGGCAUUCAUGGUUGAGGUGGGAGACGAGAUGAACCAGGGUUUCCAGCCCUUGGUGGAGGCACUGUCCCAUAUCUCCACACCCAAUACAAACACCACGAUGAAGGAGAGCUGCCUGCAGGACAUGCUUCCUAAGAAGGAGAAACUGGUUCACUACUUCCGUUACCUGGGCUCGCUGACCACCCCCAACUGUGACGAGACAGUCAUCUGGACUGUGUUCAAGGAACCCAUUAAGCUCCACAAAGACCAGUUCCUGAAAUUCUCCAAGGAGCUGUACUAUGACGAAGACAAGAGUCUGACUAUGAAGGACAACGUGAGGCCCCUGCAGCAGCUAGGAAACCGCCAGGUGUUCAGGUCCCAUGCCCCAGGACAGCUGCUGUCUUUACCCCUGACUGCCCUGUUGGUCCCUACACUCACGUGCCUGGUGACCGGCCUCCUCCAGUGACGCACCAAUUCCGGACACGUGACCUCUGACCUUUAGAGAACAUGGCUUCACUUUCUUAGACUUUGCAGGUUGGACUUUGGGGACUAUUGAAAUACGGGUAGCUGUCUGUGGUGCACACCUUUAAUCCCAGAACUGGACGGUGCAGAGACAUGUGGAUCUCUGAGAUUGAGGCCAGCCUGCUCUCCACAGAGAAAGUUCUAGACCAUCCACCUCCUCCCUACAAUAAAAUAUGGAUAUAUUUUUGGAGAAA